AUGGAUGGGGUUGGAGGUGAUGGUCCCUCGACAGCAGCUGCAGCACUAAACCAACGGAGGCACGAACUAUCAAAACUUUUCCAGUACUAUUUAGAUAAAUCGACUCCUCACUCUCUUUAUCGGUGGAUUGGGACUUUUGUUUUAGUGUGUGUUUACGCUCUGAGAGUUUUCUACCUUCAAGGGUUCUACAUUGUGACGUAUGGUUUGGGAAUCUACAUUCUGAAUCUGCUAAUUGGGUUCUUGUCACCUCUUGUUGACCCUGAGCUGGAACCUUCUGAUGGUCCUAUGCUGCCGACAAAAGGCUCUGAUGAAUUCAAGCCUUUCAUCCGCCGCCUCCCUGAGUUCAAAUUCUGGUAUGCCAUCACAAAGGCUUUCUGUGUAGCAUUUGUGAUGACCUUCUUUUCCAUGUUCGAUGUCCCAGUUUUUUGGCCGAUAUUAUUGUGCUACUGGUUUGUCCUUUUCGUGCUAACGAUGAAACGCCAAAUAAUGCAUAUGAUCAAGUACCGAUACAUACCAUUUAACAUUGGUAAACAGACUUACAAAGGGAAAAAGCCUGCAGCUAGUGGAAGCAGCCCUCGAGCAGACUAA